AUGGACGCGUCGUGCGCGUCCGCGAUCGAACGUCUACGGUCCAAGGCGUCGACGAAAGGAUCGUGGACGCUCGGGGAUGAUCGGGAGUUGAUUGAAUGCGUGAAAACUCUCGGGAACGCGGCGCUGGAGCGAUGCGCGCGAACGAUCGCGCGCGUGGACGAUGCCGCGCGCCGCGCGGAGCGGGCGGCGACGGAGACGGCGACGACGAGCGAUGCGUUGAGGAUUCUGGCGAACUCGCAGUUUUUGGAGCAGUGCGUCCGUGAAGAAGAUGAUGAUGGAGGUCGUGUCGCGAGCGAGACGUCCGCGGGCGAUGCGGAUGGAUCGGAGAGGACGCCUAGGGACGCGCUGGAUUACGGUGACUUGGCGGACGUGGCGCGCGUGGCCCUGGAGGCCACGCGCGGACGAUGGGCGGAGACGCGAGACGGUGGAUUGGCGCUCACGGGGAAUAAAUAUUGGCGACCGCUACCUGCGGUGAUAGGGACGACGGCGUAUUACCGAGACGAAUCGUGCGGGUUGGACCCGUUUGAGGCAAAGAAUCCGAAUCCGGCGCGCUGGGGAACGUACAUAUCGAGCGAUGACGAAGACUCAAGCGAAGUGAGCGACGAUUCGAGCGACACAUUGGAGACUGAUAUCUCUAGCGAGUUCGUGAGCUCGACGUCGAGCGACGGAGAGUACUCGGACAUGGACGAGCACUUGGCGGAUGUGGAGAACUAUCCUGAUGCGGUUGGAGCACUAGGUGGCGGCGACGCAGGCGCAGUGGAUUCCGGACGCGAUUUGUUCUCGAGUGUGGGAUUCUCGUCGCUCACGAAAUCGGCGAAGAAGGCGGUGCCUUCGUACGCUUUGUCGCUCGACGACGUGUUUGGCGACGACGUGCGUUCGAGCGGCGGGCUCUUUGAAGGUGUUGCGUCGACGAGCGCGGACGCAGCGCUGUCGCCUAUUCCGUCCACCAUACCGACGACUACCAAGAAACCGGUAGGGGCGAAAAAGCCGAAGGGGCUUUUCGACUCGGAUUCUGACUCCGACGGGGACGGCGAUUUGUUCGGAGCGUCCAAGCGUGUCUCGAGUGGGGACUUGUUUUCCACACCGAUCGAAGAUCCACUUAGUUCGUUGAAGAAAAAUACACCAGGAAAGGAUUCGAGUCCAAAGCCACCGACUGUGGAAGUGGGUGCGAUAUCGUUGGCGGUACCGAAGGCCAGGUCGCCUCUUCUGUUUGACGAAUCCGACACGGAUGAAGAGAGCGAACUCUUUUCCACAAAGGCCUCGAGCGGACCCAAGCCGAGCAUCAAGAGAGAGGGAUUGUUUGACUAA